GUGUGCUACAGGGUCAGUGUCAUCAGAGCCAGAAUCAGUCAAGUCCAGGUGCUGGAGCUGGACGUCCUCUGGACUAUCCUGAGACGCACUUCCCUUCCUCCUCCUUCCCGCCAACACCACGCUGCCUCUCAGGAUGCUGCAUCUUCUCAUGCUCGCGUUGUUUCUCGGCGACGUGGACAGCACAUGUUCUGAAUCCAAAACAACUCUCAGACUGGUUCCACUUGAGGUCUUAGAAGAAUAUGGCGGGGAGGUAUUGGUGAACUGCACCAGUGAAGAUGGAAUCCAUGAUUGGAUGUACUGGAAGCACGGAAACAGAAAGUCCAACUUGACAGAGGAGGAUUUCACCUCCUGGACACUGUCUCUGUCCGAGUGGAACGUGACGACGGCCAAGUGCAUCCUGAUGCUCCCCGGCGGGAUUGAAUGCAGCGAAGACCUCGAAAUCACUCUGUACAAGAAUCCAGACUCGGUCACCUUGUACCCCACACAGUACGUCAACAACCUGGUGGAGGGCACGCUGUACGAGCUGCAGUGUGACAUCGUCGAGGUGGCUCCCAUCCAGAAUCUUACCAUCCGCUGGUACAAGGACAAUCAGGUGGUGAGGACAGAGACCUUCACCUCCAACACAACCAGAACACCUGUGAGCGAGUCAUCCCUCUUCACGGUCAACAUCAGCAGAGAAGACGACGGAGCCGGGUUCAGAUGUGAGGCUCAGCUGAACUUUGGGCCUCACAGAUCGGAACAACCUGUUCUUUCUGAGCUGCACGUUAUUUCCGUGUACUAUGCUCCUGAGCUCAACGGCACGGCCGAUGAAGGUGUCCACGUGGUCCAGGGCGGUAACAUCACUCUGGCCUGCGACGCUAAGGGAAACCCCCCUCCUGACUUUCGCUGGACCCGCGACGGAGUGAAUAUGACGGAAGACAAAAGCUACGUCAACGUUAGUCAAGUGAACACCAACGUGACUUACGUGUGCACCGCUACCAACCGCGUGGGAACAACUACCAAGCGCAUACAUGUGUAUGUGAGAGAAGAUGUCGUGGAAGCGCCUGCUGAUGCCGUGACCCCACCUGAACCUCCAAUUGAUUGCUCCUUGAAGGUGCCUGAUAAAGUGGUGGUGAGGUUUGGAGACCCACUUUCAAUCGACUGUGUCACGACAGCCACAGAUGUGUUUAGAAUGUCCUGGAAAGAGUCAAAUGUACUCAGGUUUCACAUAUCCCCAACUGCCACCUGGAAGAUGGAGAAAGUGGAGGACUGGAACAUAAAACCUGAAUGCCAGGUUUCUCUAACGAGUGGCCACGUGUGUUCAGCAACGCCGGCCAUCACGGUCUAUAAGACUCCAGACGUCGUGUCACUGUCUGCGAACGCCGAUGGUCUGAUGGUGGAGGACACUGUGAACCUCCUCACAUGUCACAUCGUCAACGUGGCUCCCGUGCAGAAUCUCACAGUGACGUUGUACCGAGGAAACAAAACAGUGAGCACACGGGGGUUCAACUCCACCAUGGCGACUCCAGCCAACGUGUCCACAGACUUCUCAUUGAUUCCUGUGAGAGACGACGAUGGAGCUCAGUACAGAUGCAGCGCUGAGCUGCACCUCGGGCAACAAACUGUUCCCGCGACGUCCUCAGAACCGUACACGGCUGUCGUUCACUAUAAGCCAUUGAUGAAUCAUUGUCCAGCCGGUUUCUCUGGUCUGGAGGGCACCUUCAGCUUGGACACGUUGCAGUGCCAAGCUGAAGGCAAUCCUCCGCCGACCGUUCGCUGGUACUAUCGGGGAAGACCAGUCAAUGCGUCUGCGGCGCUCACCAGGGAUCACUCAGGAACAUACAUGGUAGAGCUACUCAGCAGCGUUGGCAGGAACAACAGGACGGUGGAUAUCACAGUUGAGUAUGGUCCCCUGUUCACCUGUGACUCUCAGUAUAGGGUUAAAGAGCAUGAUAAAGUCCAGAGAAUGUGUGACCCAGAGGGGGCGCCCACACCCACCAUCAGGUGGUUUAAAGGCGGAAACGAGAUUGGUCCACCUCAGCACUGGACGAAGCAAGACAGCGGGGUCUAUGACCUCAAAGCAGAGAACCAGCACGGAACAGCCAACCACACACUGUCUCUGGAUGUCUGGUUUGCUCCUGAGAUUAAGGAGGAAAACGUCAGUAUGGAGUUCACCCCCGGUGAGAAUGUGACUUUGGACUGCCAUGCUGAGGGAAACCCCGUCCCUAAGGUCCUGUGGAAGAACACCGCUGCUGUGAAUGUGAUGCAGACCACUGGAGGGCACCAUGGGAGCAUUAGAGUGACAGUAGCCACGUCUACCAAUGCUGGUGUUUACAUCUGCGUUGCCACGAAUGAAGUUGGGACUGUGUCAAGAUCUGUCACACUGCUGAUGAAAGGCCAGGCAUUUGGACGCAGAUUAUCUUUCAUCCUAUGGCCGCUGCUCGUCAUUUUCAUCAUCUUGUUCUUCAUCGUCCUGUUCAUGCUCUGCAGAUGUAGGAAAAAACACGGACAGUACAGCUUUAUUGCCGACCAAGAUAUUCCCUUGAUGACAAAGUCUGAUGGGAGGAAAGUUUAGGAUUAUUUACUAUCUGCUGAUUAUGGUAAGAUUAAAUCACCUCUGGGACAAAAAACUAAAAAAUGGCAUGCAUUUUCUGUAUUUUAUUUUUUUUCUUCUUUUUAAAUGGUACUGUCCCAGUGUUACAGGGGCGUUUUAACAAACUUUGGGGACCUGUAUUAAACCAAACUAAAGCAAGCUUGUGGCAUCAGGGUUUCCAACCAUGGUGUCACUGGAGUUUUCUGUUCAUAGCUGAAGAUGCAUCUCACAAUAUUGUCAUUGCUACAAAACAAAUAAUCCUCUAAUCUCAGGUGGCCUCAUAUUAGCUUGGGGCCUAAUCUGUUUCAAUGUCCCUUGCUCUAUAGAUGUAGAAAUGCCUUCUGGGAAGAUUACCAAAAAUAUUUUUCAAGCACAAGUCAUGUUUAUCGCUGUAUACAUUUUUUCUGUUGUUUUGUUUUACUUGAGAUUAGCAUCUUUUUAUGAAAUUGUCAUUGACCUUUUUACUACAGCCUCGGUCACUCUGUACAUUUCGAUUUACGUCAAACUACGGUUGUAGCUUGUCUUCAGUUAACUGGACAAGGCUGCUCCUUUUCCUAGUAUCCAAGCACUGGCAUGGGACAGAUGUAUUUAAUGAAACAUGAACCUUUUAGCUAGUAUUCGGUGUUUCGUGAUGUCACGGAUGAUGACAGCUUCAGCUAGCAGCUAAUCGUUAGCACGUCGAUUGCCAUUCCGGGUCCUUCUACCGUCCAGUAACUUCAAAAUAUUUCUGUGUCAAUCCAGCCUGGUGUUGACCCAGUGUUGAUUAAAAUUGGAUGAGCACAUCUUUGAACACCUUUUCUGUCAAAACA